AUGAGUAAAAACAAGAAACUUCUUGUAAGGGAUGGCAUGCUAUAUCGCUCAAAUAGUCGCACAUUAAUCUCUGCUGCUUUACUUACGAGCGACAGCAAAUCGGAUGGCUCUAUUCAUAGCGAUUGGAAGCGUAAUACAACAAACAUGUCUUAUAGCAAUCCUGUCGGCAAUGCGUAUGAAAACAAUAGACAUUCAUAUAUCAAACCUAAUGGAUUUGGGCUUCAUAAAUCAAAAACUCUGAGAAGAGUAAAUAUCAAUGGCACAGAAUUUAUGACUGACCUUUCUGGACGCAAAUUGAUUCGUACCACAGAUGCUAAUCAAGGCAGUAUUAAAUCAACACCAAGGAAUGUAUUGGUCAAUGGUGUUCAGUUUGUACGCAGCAAACGAGGAAACUUGAUUUUGGCAAAGACUAUACAAAAGACCCGACAAGCAUCGGGACGAUGUGAUAAAGGCGAUGCAUGUAGAUUCAUUCAUGAUCGUCGGCGAAUAGCACUAUGCUUUUCAUUUCUUAAAACAAAGACCUGCAAUGACAUGCCAGACUGCAAACUGUCGCACGAACCUACAGAUGCCACAACUCCCUUUUGUGUUCAUUUUGAACGUGGAAGAUGUUCUAAUGAAGACUGCCAUUAUUUGCAUGUCAAACUAUCCCCUGGAGCUCAUGUAUGUGCAGACUUUGCCAAGCAAGGCUAUUGUGAAAAAGGCAGUAUGUGUUUGCAACGUCAUAUCUUUUUAUGUCCUGAUUACGAAAAAAAUGGUGAGUGUCCACUUGGAGAAAAGUGUCGUCUUCCGCAUCGGUCAAAAACCAAACCGACCCGGCCAGUUUCGUAUAAUGAUGCUUCUCGCAAUGGAUCGAGUGCAUUGCUCACUGAAGAGGAUACAGAUGAGGAGCUGCAACUACCACCUCGACCUGAUUUUCGACAGCUACAGUUGGACAUUCAAGAUGUUUCAUUUAACUCUAGAAAUCAUGACGAAAAGGAAAGUAUGGAUGAUGAGGUAAUGAAGGACGAUGAUUUUGACUCUGAUGUUGACGAUGAUUCUGGUGAAAGUGAUACCUUUGAAUCUAUAAGCAAUCGACAGGAUAUCUACACUGUAGAUAUCUUAUCAGAUGAGGACUCGAGUCGUUAUAGUAUUGAUCAUGAUGAUGUUGAUGAUUAAAGUGUGAUAUAUAAACCUGUGUGCGUCAGUAUCUUGAUAAAUUCAAGGCUUGAUCAUUCAUCUCAACGAGUUUGAGCACGAUAAUGCUCAGAAUUGUCUAAGCCUAAAAACCUGCAACGCAAAUAAAAGUUUAUUGAAUAUGCAAGAUG